AUGGUUAAUCAUGAAAGCGGUACGCAUAAGACGAUCACCAAAGGAAAAGAAAAUUUGGAGAAUACGUGUGAGGAGAACCUUAAGGAGAAGGAUGAGUCUUCUUCUUCUUUACCUUCUCCUGUUGCUGUGGAAGCAGAUGUUACACCAAUCAGAUCUUAUGAUCCUAUGCAAAAUCAACGUCUUUAUGAUUUUUAUCUUGUUGAUCUUCCAAAAAAAAUCGAUGCUUUUAUUAAGAGCACUCCUCAAAUUUUGAAUGAUAAAGAACCUGUUCAUUACAAUUAUCAGGCUCUUUAUGAUUAUUAUGAUUCUAUCCCACAAAAUCUUCAUGAUUUUAAUAUGAAGAAUAACUUGAAUUCAAAUCUGAAUAUGAUUUCGGAUGCUGAUGAUCUUGGUAUGAAUUCGGACACAAAUGUGAGUCCAAAUGAAAAACAAUCCUUCAUGGAUAUGUCAAAGGAGCAGACGGGUGAUAUUGGAGAACAUGUGGACAUUCCUUCCAUGGAUGGCAGCCACCACCAACCAUCAACCGCAAGCCUUGUGUCCCCAGUUACUGUCGGUGAUGAUUGUGCUCCUAACAUCACUGAUAAUCUUUAG